AUGGCGGUCCUUCAACUUGCUCCAGCUACAAAUGCUGUUUCAAUCUUCCCCCAUUUCACCGCCCGGCAGAGCGAGACUCUUGUCCUCAAAGAGAAAAUGUUUUCCUUAACAGGCGACAGUUUCGACAUCAAACUUAUGAGCGGCCAGCCACUUCUUCGCGUGGAAGGCAAGGCCAUGUCUUUCUCUGGCCGAAAAUCAGUAUACGACAUGUCAGGCAACCACCUAUUCGACAUUGUCAAGGAGCACAUGCACUUGCAUACCACCUACGCGGCUGUGGAUCCCCAGGGCCAGAAGCUCAUGGAGGUCAAGAGCGGGUUUGCCCUUAUUGGUUCCAAGGCCACAGCCACUUUGACUUCGCCGGUUUCAGGCAAGGCCGAGUCGCUUGAAAUGAAGGGCAACUGGAAGUCUACCCAGGCCGACAUUGUUGAUAAAAGCACCGAUCAGGUGGUAGCAACAAUUAGUCGCAACAAGUACAACUUGCGCGACAUGUUCGGCGGUCAACAAACAUAUGUAGUCACUGUUGCUCCCAACAUCGAUAUGGCUCUCAUAUGCGCCAUGUGUAUUUGCUUGGAUGAGGUAAACAAUGAAGAUUAG